ACACUAACUGGAAGAGCAAUGACUGUGUAGUGCUAGCAGCUGCCCCUGGAAGCACCGCUCCAUUUUCUUGUUCUCUUCUACGUGUAUGUUCACAUGUUACUUUGGAGUGUCUUUUUUCUGCAGAUGUAGGAGUUGUCCUAGCAUUUGCAUUUGGAGAAGGAACAGAAUGUGUGAUCUGGUAGCGUAGAGAUCUCAGCCUUGGAACACCAGUAAGCAUCAGGGAUGGUGACAGGCAGCCACUUGGAUUGCAAAGUUUGGAUGUGUAACUUUCUGCUCAUCACCACCCAACCAAGGGUUUAAACAUCAACUUGGGAGGAACGAGAAUUUAUGUUUCUUGUGCAACCAGGUAUUUUGAAAUGCUUGGGGUGUGUGAGUGACUCUUCUAGCCCCUAUUUAUGGACCCUACACCGAGACCUGAACGCAUUGCAUCCUUGUCUUUUGGCUCAAUAAAAGGCUUCACUCUAUGGCAUUACCAGAAGGAAAACCACAUGCCUUGGCCAAGGCUGUGGAGACCCUCAGCAAAGGACAUGAUGUACGCAAAGAAACAGAGCUUCUCAUGAAACCCUAUGCCAACUGGGAAGAGUUUCUCAUGCCGGCCCCCAUUUCUAUUGCUAUCUUAGGAGAGCUGAUCUUCAUCUCAACAGGGCAGGGCGAUUUCUCCAUCAACAUGCUUCCCCCUGAUGGAGGCUUCCAGCAUCUCAAGUACCCAGAAUCCUUCAAGGCCUCUUUGUGCCAAGUGAGCAAUCGAGGUUGGACCGCCUUCAAUGAGGCCCAUGUCAACAUGGACCAAAUCAGGCUGCUUGCAAAUGGCAUUCCGGAACAGAUGAAAAACAUUGUACGGACUCUCAUCCAGGAGGCUGAGGUGGUCACAGCCUUGCUUCCUAACCAGCUAAAGAACCUCCAGACUGUGACAGAGCAGUGUGGUGGACUGGCCAAGGCUGUGAGGGCCAAGUUCAUUGAUGUGAUCAACCUCAUCCAGGAACUCCUUGAGGCUUGCCUCAAUGCCAAACAGGGCUAUGAGAAGGAGUUGGAGGAAGUGCAGACAGCUCUGGAGCAAGCUAAGAUCCGAGAAAAGUCAGCCAAGGAAGCUAAAGAGAUGGCUGAACGGUACCACCAACAGAUGAAGGAGCAAGUAGAGGAGUCCUUCCAACAGUAUAAAGAAGCCAUGGAAUCUAUCCCCACAGGUUGGGAUGCAGUGGGAAUGGAGCUGGUCACCACCCUCACCCAGACCCUUGGUACUUUCUCCGUUGAGUUUACGCGGAUGCUGGCAGGGAAGCAGGGGAGUCUUGGAGAAGUUGCUUGUGUGGGCAGUGGGGAAGGACUAUCAGGGAUAUUUCCAUUUAUCUCAGCUAGUGUCAUAUGCUCCAAGUCUUCUGAGCUUUUAACCUUUGCUACCGGCUUGAAGAACCUCUUGGAUGAACAUGGAGGUCUUAAGGCCUCAAUGAUUCUCGAUGAGAAGAGUGGGGAGGUCAAAACGGAGUGGGUGAAGAAGAACCUACAGAGGCUGAGAGACUCCAUUGAAAAAGAGGAAGGGUGUGACCCCAAAGUAAAAGCUCAGGAGAUUUGUCAAAGUGGCUUGGAUAUUUGCCAACAGUUGGAGAAGGUGGCCUUGUCAGUGGGUGGCAUUGGAGCUGUGGGGAAGAGUUUGCUGGAUGGGAUACACCAACUCCAUAAGAAGGCCUCAGAGUUUGAUACCUAUAGCAAGACUUAUACCCGGUCUCCAGCUUUUUCCCCCAAGCCGCCCAAUGUGUCCAAGAUGACGGAAGCAACAGGCUCGGGGGUGGAAAAUGCUCGUCUCAAGGCACAACAGAGCCGGGAGGCCCUGAAGGCCACAAGGGAGGAGUAUCAGAGGAGCUUUGAGAACUUCAAGAAGCAGAACGAGGAACUGACAGAGAUCCUCUGCACCAUGAGAGGUUAUCAAGUUAAGGAGGUGGAUUUCGACACGGCCAGAAAAAUGCUCAUAAGGGGACUGGAAGCCCUUGGUCGUGUGAAGGAGCAGUGGGAGAAGAUGGUGAGGUUUUUCCAAAUGAUCUCCAACUUAAUUGAGUCCUGUUUGGUCUGGAGUGUGAAAGAAUUUGCUGAUACAGUGGAUGGUGCCCAGAAGAUCUCCAGCUACUCAUCCAAAGCUUUCACAGCUGAUCUGGUUUAUGGGCAUGUUUUUAAUGCCUCCAGCCUGGCCCAGCUGGUGGCCAUGAUUUCUGAGACUUACACUCUAGUGUCAGAGAAGUACCUGAUGGAGCGUGUGAGUAGCCUAGGUCGCCUCCUUGCCAUGGAAGCUGACCAGCCAAGCUUGGCUUCUGAACGAACCACCUUAGCUGAAGGCUGUGAUGCUGCCCGGAAAGCAGUGAAAGAGCUGGUGUUGGAGAAGAAGGCAGAGUUUGAGAGAGGGCUGGAGGCCAGGGCACAGGCCAUUGAAAGGGAGAUCAGAGCAGUGCUGCCUGCAAACGGGGAUGCUGAGCCACACCUGAGAGAGCUCAGCCUGGAGGAGGAAAGCAAGUUUAUGUAAGCUGUAAACAAAUGGCCCCAAACUAUGUGUGUGUUCUCCUGGAAAGUGGAGGGAGGUGGGAUUACAAUCAGGAGAAUGCUGGCAAUUAACUCAUAGCUCAAAGGGCCUGGUUCAUCCUGUUGCAAGUGUCAAAGACAUACCUUCAGUCUGUAUGUUAAUUAAAGCAACAAUAAACACGCAAGAA